CGUCAGUCGGGUCUGGGGGAGGGAGCUGCGCAGGUCGCCUCUUGCGCGCGCGUGUGUAUGUGUGUGUGAAGGAAUGUGAUCCAUCUAGUGCCGUUUGAUAAGUACGCUUUACAGUACACGUCUUGAAAAUCAGGCACGAGGGCAGAGUUUUUACUGGCGUCUGGGUGAUAAGUGUGGGAACGUUGGCCGCGGGUGUCGGCCAUCCUUACUUGUGUGUGUGUGUGUGUGUGCUGGCCCCUCUCAGGUGUGUUGGAAUGCACCAGAUGAGGCAGUGUGUGUGCUGACGGGGUACUGGUGACUCUGGAGGCUUGUGGUCGGGUCCCGGUGGCAUCACGACUCUAGAGACACGGCACAGGAUCACCCUACCAGGUGACAUGUUACUUCAGCUUGAGUGACAGACAGCAGCACUGAGUAUCACUGAAGGACCUCUACUUCGCAAGUGAGCGGGGACCAGCGCCCUCCAGCGCCGGCAGCAGCAGGAGGGGUGCACGCGGUGAGCAUCGCGGGAUGGCCCCCAGCAGUGCUCUCACAACAUUCUGGUAGUUUUUACGUAAUACGCCAAGAUGCCAGGAAAUUUGCGGUUCGGCGGCCAGAGUGGGCACCCGCCCCCCACCCGCGCCAUGUCACUCGACUCCCUGCAUGACAAAAAUGCAUCCUUGGACCUUAAGGUCCGCGAAUACCUACCCUCUCGCAUCACCCGCACCUCCCCCAAGAUUAACGAAGCUGCUAUGCAAUUUGUCAAGACAGGACCAGCUGGUCUCUACAAGUCAGCAACUGAGCAGAUCAAGAAAGCAGAGGCCGUAAAAGCAAUGAGGCAACAUCUGAUUGAUGAAGAAGCAGAUUGGCAGGCGCAGCCCUCCUCCUCCUCCUCCUCAUCCAAGAACCCGUAUGAUGAGGGCUCUGACUGGCAGUCGAACUUGGACAAGUGGAAGAGCUCGCGUCGCAAGCGCAAUGAGGAAGCUUUGGUACGAGCCAUUGAGAUUAAGAAAAACGAACAAGAGGACGAGUUGAUCCGCAUGCGUCGCAAGAGCAAAACCUUUAGUGAAAUCCAGGAGGAUAAGACCAAAAGAGGACGUAGAUAUAACCUUGUUGUCCACAGUGAUGACAAUAACGAUCUCAGUGGCCUUGGGCUAUCAUCUGCCAAGAGCACAAGUUCCCUCAAUGAUGCUCACGAAGAAAAUGACGUUAAAGAUCUUGAUCAAGACAACAAAGAUGCCAAGAGUGAUGCAGGCUUCUGCACAGGCUCGGACACUGGCAGUGACGGGGUGUUUGCUGAAGAUAACAUCAGUGACACAUCCUCAGCUUUGGGUGACAAGAAAGAGGCGCAUGACUCGCUUUUGGAUCCUGGAGUAUCAAAAGAAGAGGAAACUCACCUUAAUGGUCAUGGAUCUAGCCUGAUCACUGAUGUCUUUCACUCCACUGCUGCAACAAUCCACACGGAUGAGUAUACAUAUGACAAGGCUAUUGCAGGUUACAAACAAUAUGCAGAAAACAGUGCCAAGAAAAGAACAAAUAGCAUCACAAGCUUGAAUAGCAAUACAAGUUAUACCAAGGAUGACGAGAGAAAAGAUGAAAUGCCUCGUAUAAAUGGCCGUUCACCAAGUCCAAAUAAAAAUAACAAAGUAGAGGAGAAACUCAACUUCUUUUCCAAGGAGAUGGAAAAGGACUUUAGAACGAGUCCCGAACCUAGAGUUACACGGAGAGAGAAGUCGCCCAAAGUAGAUAUUGGGAAGAGAAGAUCAAUGUUUGAAAUGCGAGAUGCAUCACCUGUUCGAAGUGAGAGGGAACAGAGGCUUGCCAAUAGGAAAUCUCUUGAAAUGUCAAGCUCUUUACGUCACAAAGUAGCAUCAUUUGAAAAUCUUGAAACAGAGAUUCCUAAAGUACGAGGCGUUACUCCAACUCGUGAUACAAACUUGCGUAAUAAAGUUGCAUCAUUUGAAAAUCUUGACACGGAGAGCACAAAGGUGCGUAGUAUGACUCCACAAAGAGAUACAAAAUUCCAUGAAAAGCUAGCCACAUUUGCCACUAAAGAUUACGAGACACAGCCAAUAAGGAAGAAAACUCCAGAAAGAGAUGCUAAUUUCCAUAAAAAACUUGCAUCAUUUACUAGCAUCGAGAAUGGAGAAGAAGAUAAGAUGUGGGAACACAAGACCAUCCCUCAGAGAGACCCAACAUUGAAGAACAAAAUUGCAUCCUAUGAGCAGCUGGAACAACUGGUAGAUUCACGUUCUUCAAAUCCUCGGGAAGACAUGCUCAAGAGCAAAGACCGUUCAGUCAGUUUGGAACAUCUAAAUGAACCACAGGUUAAGGAGGUAAAAAUACGGCCAGCACGUUCAAUGAUGAACAUCACGAGGCGUGUUCCAUCAACUCCUUAUAUGGUGGUGGAUCUUGAGGGUUCUAGGGUGGAAGAAAAAUGUUUAAAGCAAACGCUAACAAAAUCCAUGGUGAGUGAUGAGCCAGAUUCUUCUAAUGCUCGGGAUCCAGCUAAACGCUCUACCAUCUACGAAACUGUUGAGAGGUGCCAAGUGAUUCGCGAUGUUGAGUCUGCUCCUUUGUAUUCUAUAUUCAAGUACCUCAGCCCAGAGGUGAAUGCCCAAGUGUUUGAAAUUGCUUCCAAACUUGAAGAGACUCCUCUCUUAGGCUCUCCCACCCAUAAGGCUCCCACAGACCCCCUGCCUCCUUCCCCAACUCUUGAAGAUGAUUCACUUGAGGGAGCUAAACCCUAUACUGAUGAUGAUAUUAAUGAGGUUAUCAGUGAUUAUGAACCAAUUGGAGGUUCAUAUGAAGAUUCAUCUGGCUGCCCUGAAAAUAUCUACGAAAAUAUUACCGAAGAGCCAAUGUAUGAGAAUAUAUAUGAGAAGGUUGGUGAUGAUGAUCACAGUGAAAGCAAAGAUGCAUUUGAUCAUCAUUACCAAACUCUUGAGGAGGUGAGGGAGGAGGUGAAAGUUAAUAUUGAACAAGGCAAGCCGACACCAUCCCCAGCGAUGACAGCCUCCAUCAGUCCUCUUCUCGACACUCCUGAGGUGCUAGACGUGACGUGGACGGACGGCCCUACCCAGGCAGCCCCACCCUCGGAGCCCCCUCCUCCCCCUCCCCCUGAUGAUGAUUCUGACAUCGAUGCAUCAGAUGAGCCACAAAGUCUUCCAACUGAGGAAGAGGACUGCUUCACUCGGGAGAACUCUACACGUCGUCUCAAAAAGGAACUUUGGAGACGUAGAUCAGACUUCUUGGGUACCUCUUCACAGUACAUUGAAGAAGAAUCAACAGUGAGGCCUCCCCCAGACCUCAGUGAUCUUCUGAGGCAGGAGCGUGAGGCCGAGCGGAGCUUGGUGUCUAGAAAUUCUAUUCAUGAGAUUCUUAAUGAAGCGGAUAUUGCUCGUCGUGAACGUGAAAUAAUUGAAAGUCUCGAGAGAUCAGAGCAAGAAAAACAUCGACAGCAUAACCAGUACAUUUGGGAUGAUGGUUUGGAAGCUAAUGGAAUAACUAAAGAAAAGAAUGAGAUUGACGAGCACAUGCAAUAUCAAGAGGCCAAGAACCUUCAAACAUCCUCUGAAUCGGAUAGAGAACCCGAGGUUUAUAUGAGAGUUCCCGUGGCCUCAACUAACGUCCUUCAGAGCUCUCACUCUGUCUCUAAGACCACAGACCCAGAGCAUUGGCAGAUGAAUUACGAUUCCUUUGACUCCUCUUGUACUGUUCUAAAGUCCAAUAUUAACACUGAAAAAACACAUGAAGUUUUUGAAAAUCAUGUAGUGAAGAACGAUACCAUUGUGGAGGCACCACCUCGGCCACCAUUCAGGACUGACAGCCAGACAUCAGUUGAGACAGUGUGCCAACUCCCCUCUGAACCUGGACAGCAGUACACUGAUCCCUUGGUGGCCCACAGCGGUACUCUCGACUACAAUGAUGUCACUCUAGCAUCAACCAAUUCACAUCCUGAAGAGUAUAAGAAACUAGCUGAACUUGAAGAGGAAAUGAUGCGACAUGACAAGGAUAUGCUUCGUCGUACUGGGCAGCUGGCAGCCGGUCCUGCUGCUGCUUUAGAUUCCCAGCCCUCCCAUAUUCCUCCACCUACUCCUUAUGCCAGUCAUGAAGAACCAUCGCCAUCUUCGUUACACCAACUUCCUCCAAGCAUUGAAAAUAGUGGUUACAAUUUUCAGCAACAGUCUUCAUCUCGCCUUCCCAUUCAAGAGUUUUAUACAGCUCCUGCAUAUGAAUCAGUCUCUCCUGCCAGCAUGGUGCAAAGUGAAGGAUUGGGUACCUUUAGACCGCAGGGACAGAAAACUGCAACUCUUCCAGCUCGAUCUCCUUCACAGUACAGUACACUGGCAUCUCCACAUCCCUUUUCCCGAUCAAAUUCCCAGUCCAGUCUUGAUGCCCCUAAACAUUCACCUUUACAAAUGAUGAGAUCGGUGCCUGUAGCCUCCCCAAGAGAAUCAAUUCCAGAACCUCUUCCCAGAAGAAAGAAGGCACCACCUCCAACUCCUAGCAAAUCUCAUCAAUCAACCAAUGAUAUUAACACUGUUGAACGUCUGGAGGCCAUAAGGGCAAGUCGUAUGCCAACCAGUGUAUCUGUGGCACCUGGGAACGAACAGGUGGAAACCCAUGGACCAUCAGUUUCACCAUCAGGUCAACAAAUGUCAAAGCAGACACUUCUGGCACUUUCAGCAAUUCCCAAGCCUCGCCUCACAGAUAACGAAAGCUGGAUUACUAAAAAGAAAACGGAUGCACAAAAGAGAGAUUACAGCAAACAUUGGCUCCAUCAGGAGGCGGAGCAAAGAAGACUGGAACAACAGGAUCGGAUUUCUCGCCAAAAACUCCCAGCAACUCAGCCACAACUUAAAACUUCGCAAAAUGUGUCACCACCACAGACCUCACAACAUUCACCUCCCACACAAACCAGAAGUUAUCUUCCUACUCAAACAGUGCCCAGUUAUUCCUCUCAGAAUUCAACGCCAUCAUACAGUAGUUAUCCUCAGGCUCUCAAAAAUCCAUCCCCAAGUCAUAGCAGCAAUAACAACAGUAGCAGCAGCAGUAGCAGCAGCAGCAGCAGCUGGAGAAACCAGGCCACAACAUACCAACCUCACAUGCCAUCACCUGCACCAAAUGGUGACAAAGCUCUUCCCGAUUCAAUUAUUCAUAAUUUAACCCAGAGAGUCAAUAUAAAAAACAACAAGAAUACGUACAAUAAUGGGAGAUUGGGAAGUAACUAUAACAACAAUAGUUAUCGGGAUGAAAACUAUCACGACUACAUGAAUGCAGAUGCUCUGAAUGCUUCUCACACACACGCCCCACUUUAUCAGUCUGGCCUGGGGCCUGGCCAGCCAUCCCCACCUACUACUCAGCAACAAGAUGCUAACUCUGCACAGGAUCAGAGACUGCUCAGUGUCUCAGGAAAGAAGAAGUGUUCACAUUGCUCCGAGGAGCUAGGCCGGGGAGCUGCUAUGAUAAUUGAAAGUUUGCGGUUAUUUUAUCAUAUCCCUUGCUUCAAAUGUUGUGUGUGUGGCAUACAAUUAGGGAACGGGUCAGCAGGUGCCGAUGUGCGAGUGCGUAAUCACAAGUUGCACUGCCAUAACUGCUACUCUAAUGAUGAAGGGAUGAAGUUCAGCAAAGUAUAGCAUCGACAAGUCACAAUGAUGAAACGUUUAGUUGUCUCUGGUGCCAAAACCUUGAGGCAUGUCAUGAGGAAUUUACCACAAGAGACAUGUCACAAAGAAUGUGUAAUAUUGUGUAUUUUAUACAGUUUUGUUUUGUGUGUACUUUAACUUAGACUGAAUCAUAGUUGUAGCAACAGCAUACAAAAUAUUUUUUGUUUAUUUUAUUGUUUGCUAAUACAGUACUGUAUGUCGUUUUGUUGAGUCUGGCAGAAUGGUGUAAUCGUUUACUGACGACAGACAAGUGUGGAAGUGUACAAGAAUGGAGGCAAUUUCAUAAUUAUAUGAAGACUUAGUAAGAUCUAGCAGGAAAUAGAUCUUGUCAAAGUUUAAGAAACUUUUUGUUGUUGGUACAUAGCUAUAUGUAGGCAGCUAGAAAUUCUACUUAAUUUAUGUAUAAACAAUUUGCACAAUCAAAUAUAAUAAAUCAUCUAUAAGCUGUACAUUAUAUAUUGUAAAUAAUAGUUUAGUUAUAAAACUAAGUCAUUAUAAGUAGGAUGAUGUAAGGUGAGUUUUUCAUGAUUUAAAUGAAGGGUUCUUUAUAAAUGAAUCUUGUAUAUUGAUUUAAUAUAAUCUUGUAAUUAAAACAAUUACUUCUCA